AUGCCGUCUCAAAGGACGGUCUACGAACCUCACGCGUCGGUGGUCAAAAACUCACACGUGCCCUCAUUAGCUCACUAUGAGGAGAUGCACAAGAAAUCCCUGGAGAAGCCCGAGGAGUUCUGGGGGGAGAUCGCCAAGCAGUUCUACUGGGAAACCCCCAUCGACCACAAGAAUUUCUUCAGAUACAAUUUCGAUAUCACCAAAGGGCCCAUUUUCACGAAAUGGAUGGAUGGUGCCACUACGAAUGUGUCCUAUAAUUUGCUGGACAGGAAUGUCAGGAAUGGAAAUGGGGAGAAAAUCGCAUUUUACUGGGAAGGUAACCAUCCUGACGACUACAGUCGUUUGACAUACAAAAGGCUUCUGGAAGAAGUAUCUCGCUUCGCAAACGUACUAAAAAGCAGAGGCGUCCAAAAAGGAGACCGUGUAGCUGUUUAUAUGCCCAUGAUAUUGGAGGCAGUUGUAACUAUCUUGGCUUGUGCUAGGAUAGGAGCUAUUCAUUCCUUGGUGUUCGCCGGAUUCUCAGCAGAUUCUUUCUCGGAGAGAAUCCUCGACUGCCGAGCAAAGGUUUUGGUAACUUCUGACGGGGCUUGGAGAGGAGAGAAGCUGCUGCAGCUGAAAGCUAUCUGCGACCAGGCCAUGUCGAAGUGUGCGCAAAAAGGACACAACGUCGAGACGUGCGUCGUAGUGUCUCAUUUGGCAAGAGUGACGUCACCAUCCGGGACACCAUACAAAAGCAAUAAGACCCCAAUGACAGACGGCAGAGACAUCUACUGGCAAGACGUCGUUCCUCAGGCUUCCACCAGCUGCUACCCAGAAUGGAUGGAAGCAGAAGACCCCCUCUUCAUGCUGUACACCAGUGGAUCCACGGGAAAGCCGAAGGGGGUCCUCCACACCACAGGAGGCUACAUGAUAUACGCGGCGACUACCUUCAAAUAUGUGUUCGAUUACAGACCUAGUGACGUGUACUGGUGUACUGCCGAUAUAGGUUGGAUCACCGGACACACUUAUGUUGUGUACGGACCUCUAGCCAAUGGUGCUACUUCUGUAUUGUACGAAGGAACGCCGUUUUAUCCAGACAACGACAGAUUUUGGGUUGUGGUGGAUAAGUACAAAGUGAACCAAUUUUAUACUGCACCUACUGCAAUAAGAGCAUUGAUGAAAUUUGAGGAUGAUUUGGUCACCAGGCAUGAUUUGUCAUCUUUGAGAGUCCUCGGAUCCGUAGGCGAACCAAUUAAUCCAGAAGCUUGGAUGUGGUAUUACAAAUUGGUGGGCCAUGAAAGAUGUUCGAUAGUGGACACUUUUUGGCAAACAGAAACUGGCGGUCAUGUCUUAACGCCCUUACCAGGCGCUACCCCUAUGAAACCUGGAGCUGCGUCGUUCCCUUUCUUCGGCGUCCAACCCGUGAUCCUGGACGAGGCAGGGAAGGAGGUCAAGGGAGAGGGGGAGGGAUACCUCGUGUUUGCCCGACCUUGGCCCAGUUUGAUGAGGAGUCUCUACAACGACCACGAUCGAUACGAGACCACUUAUUUCACCAAGUUUCCGGGAUAUUAUUGUACUGGUGACGGAGCAAAACGUGACGCAGACGGCUACCUAUGGGUGACCGGCCGAGUAGACGACAUGCUCAACGUGUCAGGCCACCUGAUGUCCACGGCAGAAGUGGAAUCCAUCCUCACGGAACAUCCAUCCCUGGCGGAGGCAGCCGUAGUAGCCAAGCCGCAUCCGGUCAAAGGAGAGUGCCUCUACUGCUUCAUAACCACCACGGAACACGGAGUGUUCGACGACAAGCUGAUCAAAGAACUCAAACAGAUAGUCAGAGAGAGGAUAGGACCGUUCGCGCAACCUGACGUCAUACAAAACGCGCCGGCCUUGCCCAAGACCAGGUCGGGGAAGAUCAUGAGGAGGAUUCUCAGGAAGAUAGCUGUCAACGAUAGGGACGUGGGAGAUAUUAGCACUCUAGCUGACGCCAUGGUCGUGGAGCAGUUGUUCGCCACUAGGCCGAAGAACGCUUGA